ACAAAAAGAAAAUAAGAUGACGUUCAGGCACCGACACGUAUGCAUUCCAAACACUUUGGGUUCCGCCAUACGCAACCAAACCCCUCUCUCUCUCUCUAUAAACUUCUUCUUCCUCUUCAUUCUCUAAUCAUCUUCUUCUUCUCUAUCCGUUCACCAUUUCACCUUCUUCAUCCCCCACUUCUUCAAUUCAUCAUAUUCCCAUAUAUAUACACCCACCUUCAAUCUUCAAUUCAAGAUUUAUAUCCAUCAACCCCUUUUUUCCUGUGCAUAUUCUUGGACCUUUGGUCUUUACUUUCAUCUAAUCACUUGUUUUAUCCAAUAAAGUUUCAAUCUUUAAGCUCAAUUUGAGGAUCUUUAAGCUGUUUGGUGUUGUUAUUUCAUCAAUUUGGGAAUCUUUAUUGUUGGGUUUUGAUUGUUAUUUAAUAAAGUUUGGAUCUUUAUUUAUAAAAACCCUGUUCCCCCUUCUUUUGGGUGUUUGUCAAGAUUAAUUAAUCCAAAAUUCCCAUAAAGAAGAUUCCUUCAAUUUAAUACUUUAUCUCAUUGGGAGAAUCAAAUCAUCAAUUGGGUCAAUUAGGGUUAGGGUUCUUGAUUUAAAUUGAAUUUGGGUGGGGGUUUCAACUUUCAAUUGGUUUGUUAGAAAAUGAUUGAAUCAGUUGGUGCAAUUUCCCUUUUAGGGUAUAGUCCAAUUUUAGGUCAUUGUUUGAAAGAUUGUUCCUUUAACCGAGUUGCAAUGAGCCCGAAUCGAUUGAAUCGGGUUUGGUCAAACAGAACCCGGGCGAUGGAGUUGACUAAGGAGGUGUAUAAUUUUAAGGAAGAAGAUAGGUUUUCUAAGGGUUUUGAUUAUGAAAGUGAUAGUGUUGUGGACCGAAAGCCCGGGUUGUGGCCGCCUAACAACAAAGCGGAUAACCCGUCGUUGCAUAACCCGUUGUUACGACAAGAACGGAUGGGGUGCGGUUGGUUAGGUGCGGUUUUCGAGUGGGAAGGUGUUAUAGUCGAAGAUAAUCCCGAUCACGAGAAGCAAGCGUGGCUCGCGCUUGCUCAAGAAGAAGGCAAGUCUCCGCCUCCGUCUUUUAUGCUGAGGAGGAUUGAGGGGAUGAAAAACGAGCAGGCAAUUUCGGAAGUUCUUUGUUGGUCAAGAGACCCGAGUCAACUCAAGCGGAUGUCGUUAAGGAAAGAACAGAUCUAUCAAGCGUUACAAGGCGGGGUGUACAGGUUUCGUGACGGGUCAAAAGAGUUCAUAAACGUUUUGACUCGUUACAAUAUCCCGAUGGCUUUAGUCUCGACACGACCAAGAAAAAAUCUUGAAGAAGCUAUUGGGUCGAUCGGGAUAAACGGGGUUUUUAACGUGGUUGUGACGGCAGAAGACGUUUAUAGAGGGAAACCGGACCCUGAAAUGUUUGCGUAUGCAGCGCAGUUGUUGCAGUUUAUACCCGAGAGGUGUAUUGUGUUUGGUAACUCGAAUUUAACAAUCGAGGCUGCUCACGAGGCUAGAAUGAAGUGUGUGGCGGUGGCUAGUAAGCAUCCAGUUUACGAGCUGAGUGCGGCUGAUCUGGUUGUGAGGUGGCUCGAUGAGCUUUCGAUUGUUGAUUUGAAGAAUCUUGCUGAUGUUGAAUCUUCGGAGUUUGGAGCGGAACCCGAGGUGGAGAUGGAGUUGGAGGUAGAAGAUGACGCGUACGCUUCUUCACGGGUCGCUAUUGAUGAUCAUGAUGAUUUCUGGUAAUGUGUUGUGAAUUUGUACAGUAGGUUUUAUGGGUUGAAUCUUGAUGUUAAUGGUGGAAUUAUGCAUCAGUUACUUAUAGUUUAUAGAUAUGGAAAGGGGGAUAUGGGAAAUUAAAAGGGAAAAGGGUAAAGGGUAGUCUGCAUUAGAUUACCAUUUGUAUGUGUUAUAUAUGUGUAAUCUGUAUAUAAGUAUUUCACCUUCAUAGUUGUUUCAUCUUUUGUAUUUCUUUUUUGUUACAUGUAAAUUGGAUACCGACACAGCUUCUAAUCGUC